UCAUCAUGGCGGCGCCCUGCUCCCUGUCACGCAGUGUGGUAUCUCCGGCCGGCAGACACACGGCCUCCGUCAUCUUCCUGCACGGAUCAGCUCCAGCCUUGUCCCGUAUGUCACUUCCAGCCUGACUGCAAAUGGAUAAAGCUAAAUGUAAGCCGGAACGGAGGAAUAUCUUAUCCCAGGAAAUACAGAGCGAUGGUAAGAUACGUGUGAAGAUAAAGGAGGAGGAGGUCCCGACAGAUAUCAGCACAGAUGGUUCCAGUAACAGGAAUACACCGGAGCGUUAUCUCAGCCCGCAGCACUCGCAGGACUGUACAGGAGAGGAGCUCCGGCUGGAUAAGCAUAUUAAGGAAGAGAAUCUGAAUAUUGUGAUAGUUGAUAUUGGUCCAGAGAUUCAGAGAGAAGAUGAGAUCCGCGGGAAGAUUAAGGAGGAAGAAAUCCCUACAGAUAUUGGGCCGGUACAUAUGAACACAAGGAAAGGCUACCUGAGGAAUCCUUACAAGAAGUGGUGGUCUCCCGCAAAGAAUAACUAUGCAGUCUCACAUAAGAUGGAUCUUUCAAAGAAGAAAAUGUACUCCGAGUAUCUUAUGAAUCCUCAAUUCCUAAAAGAAUUUAUAGACGCGUAUCGAUCGUUUCCAUGUUUGUGGAAUGUUAAAUACUCCGAUUAUUCUAAUAAACAGAAAAGAUCGAAAGCCUAUGAGAAGCUAGUAGGCCUCUGUAAGAGCGUUUGUCCGACGGCAAAUAUCCAAUUUGUUAAACAUAAGAUUGCAAAUUUGAGAACAGUCUUCAAAAAAGAAUUUAAUAAGGUACAAGUAUCCAAAAAGUCUGCGGCCUGCGUGCAGGACAUCUACGUGCCACGGCUGUGGUAUUACGACCUACUGAAAUUUACUAUUGGUCAGGAUCUUCCAAGGAAGUCCUUGUCCACCUCGAGCCAAGAGACCCACAAAGCGAGGCAGGAGGAUGAACACGCCGACGAGAACCUGGAAACCCUGGAGGAAUCUACAAACUUGUCUCAGGUAACCAGCAACAGCCAAUCAGAUGACGUGGACUUCGAGAUACAGGAAGUUAUUCCUAUGAGGAAGCAGAAGAAAAGAAAGAUGUACAAGGAGGACGAUUUAAGCAACGAGCUCCUCUCUCAGGCUGCAGCCAUUCUCUCUAAGAACGAUGACGAGUAUGACGCAUUUGGGAUCACUGUUGCGUCAAAGCUGCGGCGGAUGGAGGAAAAACAAAGACUGAUUGCGGAGGUUCUCAUAACAGACAUUUUAUACAAGGGAAUGUUAAACCAAAUAAAUGAAGAAACCUACGUUGCAGAGUACUCCGAUCAGUACUACCCGCCUAACCCGAUCAGCUGAGCCCCCCCCCCC